ACUCGGAGAAGUUUUCUAUUUUUCCUCCUGUCCUUCUCUCCACGUCGAACAGUGUGUGUGUGUGUGUGUGUGUGUGUUUAGUGUGUGAUGUGGAUGUGUGCUGGAGCAGAGCACACAUCUCCAUCAGCACCUUAUUGUCUGCCUACUUCAGUCUUCCCGCUCUGAUUGGGCUCCACAGGCUGCACUGGAUGGUGAUGUCUGUAUCUCUUAAACACCAUGGUCUGGUUUCUGGAGGGGGUUUGCUUCCUGCCAACUUUCUUGGUCAUUUGGUCCUCGACCACUUUUAUAGUGAACUAUCUGAUUGCCCUGUUCAGGGGCGAUGUCGAUGUGAUUUUCCCUUACAUCAGUGAUACAGGAGCAACACCUCCAGAGAGCUGCAUAUUUGGACUUAUGGCAACAAUUUCAGCUUUUGCAGGGUUUGCCACCAUGUUUGCUAGAUAUAUGUUUGUGCAGAAGCUGAUUGAAAAAACAGGUGGUGUGUCUUCUUGUCUGAACGUAGCUGCUUUUAUCGUCGCCAUAUUUUCUUGUAUAGGAAUGUGCUUUGUGGCAACAUUUCAGGAGACAGAACUGACGCCUGUCCAUGAUUUCGGAGCCUUAAUGUUCUUCGUUUUUGGAGUGAUUUACAUCAUAUUACAGACUAUAAUCUCAUACAAGUCUCAUCCUUAUGGAUCUUCAAAGCGCAUGUGUCGUAUUCGUGCUGUGUUCUCCUUCGUGGCUUUCUUGGCAGUAAUUCCAACCCUUAUUUGUGCAUCAUUUGUGAAGCUAACCAAAUUGCACUGGAACCCAGAAGACAAGGACUACACUCUACAUGCUGUGAGCGCCGUGAGCGAGUGGACAGCUGCCUUCACGUUUAUCUUCUUCUUCUUCACAUACAUACAGGAGUUCAAGCAGUUCUCUUUGAAAGUGAAUGUCCAGUUACUGGAGUUUACAUGAGUCCGACAUGUCAACAUCAUUGUGAGAGUUUAUAUGAGUUUAGUGUUGUCAUUUUUUUUGAGGAAAAAAAAAUCAAAUUGUGAUGAUUUUUAUAUGCAAAUUUUAUUUUUAUACGUUUCUAUGUUA